AUGAAUGAGAAGACUGGUCUUCACGAAGAGUCCCGUCCUAAGCGGGAUACAUCUGGCUCACUUGACCUGGCCCCCACCCAUAUUACCUUUACUCAGUCGUUCAGCUAUGCCACCAAAUAUACCAAUGAGAAAAACUGGAUCGGCAUCUACUCUUCUGGCAGCACUGGUCCUGACAACGAGACUUACACAGAAGACUCCCUAUCGUGGGAAUAUGCUCCAGGUGAAAAGGGAACGGUGCAGCUAUCAACUGCCAAUCUCCCUCCAGGCCAAUACAAGGCCUACUUUCUUGCCAAUGAGGGCUACAAGUGGCUAGCCAAGCCUGUCGUAUUCAAGGUCGCGAAUCCCUGGGGCUCGAUUUCGAUUCGUGACGAUGACCCUCUGCUCACCUUCAACUAUUCGACUCCGCUUCCAGAUCCCCAAAACUGGAUUGGCAUUUACAACUCCUUUGGCGGUGGCCCAGAGUCACAAAAGUUCAUCAGUGGCUCCUUGACUUGGGCUUAUGCCCCUGAUAAGAAUGGGACUGUCAAGGUCGAUGCCUCUGCUUUGCAGCCAGGUCUGGGAUAUCGAGCCUUCUUCCUUGCCAAAGGCGGAUACAAGUGGCUUGCAAACCCCAUUGACAUCGUCAAACCCGGAAAGGGUCCGUUGACCUUUAUUGUUGACCAGCUAACUACACACAAUGCUCGGGCGGGUGAGCCUUUCCAGGCUACCCUCAGCGGAAUGCUAGAAAACCCACGCGAUCCAGACAGCAAGUUCGCCAAGGGCAAGUAUAGCGCUACGGAUACAAGCACACAUGACUGGGUCAACAUAUCUGCCGACGGAAUUAUCAGUGGUACACCACCCAAGGCAUCCGGAAACACGACAACUAAAUUCGUUGUCGAGGCUUUGGGAUCCGAUGGAUCUACUGCCGAGAUUACGGUAAUAAUCCCCGUCGUCCCGCAGGGCGAGCCUUUGGUCAAGGAACUGACCAUCUUGUCGUUCAACCUGUGGUUCGGAGGUACACCCGUGAAGGACUACCACGCCAAGCAGGUUCGCUUCAUCACAAACGCCAGAGCAGACAUUGUUGGACUCCAAGAGAGCACCGGAGGACAUGCAAUUCGCCUCGCAAAAGCCAUGGGCUGGGACUAUUGGCAGGGAGACGACGUUGGUAUCAUUUCUCGAUACCCCAUGGUCGAACAGUAUGCUCCUAUCGAGAGAUGUGGCGCUGUACGCAUAGCCUUGGACAGGGGCCAGGAAAUAAACUUUUGGAAUUGUCAUUUGGGCUACACGCCAUAUGGUCCAUACGACUUUUGCUUUGACCACCUGUCCCCGGAGGAGGUUCUCAAGAACGAGAUCAAGUCUCGUCGUACGCCUCAGAUCAUUAAUAUCAUGAAGCACAUGCAGGACCAUCUCUCACAAUCCAGCAAGACCCCCGUCAUCUUCACCGGUGACUUCAACGCGCCGUCACACCUUGACUGGACAAAUGCAACCAAGAAGCUUCACUGUGGACAGGGAUACUUCCCCUGGCCGACCUCAAAGCAUCCCAUUGAUGCAGGCCUAAUUGAUUCCUUCCGAGAAGUCCACAGUGACCCGUUGGUUCAACCCGGCCUCACGUGGUCGCCCAUUUAUCUAGACAACGGAGGGCGGACUGAACCCAAAGAUCGCAUCGACUUUAUCUACCACAAGGGCCUCAAGACUCAUUCAUCGGAAGCUGUUGUGGUUGGCCAGCCCAAAGCACAGCCGGACCACUAUCAUAACGAGUGGCCAUCGGACCACGCCGCCGUUAAGACAGUCUUUAAAGUAGAGAAGAGUAGCUCUGCUGGACGGGGCAACUCCCGCGUCCUCUGGGGCGUGGUCAGCGCCAUAAUUGCCGCGACAGCUGCGUGUGCUUCGUGGAUUGUAUGCGCUUGUGUCGGCAAGCGCAAGUCGGAUAAGAAUUUCGAUGAGAAGGGCAGGAGGGACAUCGAUUCGGGCGAUUCAUCUGCAUAG